AUGCAGCCAACAAGAGCCCUGCUGAAGAGAUCCGUGUGGAAGGGACCACACAUCGUCCCUCUCCCUAUCGUGCGGCCCCAGCCUGGUCAGAAGAUCACGCCCAUCCGGACGCAGGCCCGUUCCGCAACAAUCCUGCCCAACUUCGUCGGCCUCAAGUUCCAGGUUUACAACGGCAAGAGCUACAUUGAUGUAACGAUUACGGAAGACAUGGUCGGACACAAGCUGGGGGAGUUCUCACCGACGAGAAAGCCUUUCAUUUGGACCAGGUUGUGA